CUGACAGCAGAGGGGGGGGACGCUUCUUACCUGUACCUGUGGGAAGGAGUGCCACUCGUCAUCGUCCGAUUCCAAAUCAGGAUCAACUUUUUCCUCUUCUUCCAGCAGCCCGGAGAGGUAGAAGUCGGCCAGCACGGCUGGGAAGUGAAGCAGCGACUGCACCAGGACUCCGAGCAUGGAGCCUAUCACGUCGUGGAGCGAGGAGAGAGUCGGCGAGUGGCUCCAAGGUCUGGAUGCCCCCCUGCAUCAUUACCAGGUGUCGGAGUGGCGUUUAUCAGGUCUGGAUCUGCUCCAGCUGACCUCGCAGGACCUGGAAAAGUUGGGAGUGCACAAGAUUGGACACCAGGAGCUCAUACUGGAGGCUGUGGAGAAGCUCUGCUCUCUGACAUAUGGCAUAGGUGGAGAGAACCUACGUGGCCUGACAGAGAAGCUGCGCACCAUUUCCCACACCCUCCAGAUGGGCAUCCAGAGCCGCUGGCGCCUCAACAGCUACAAUGGACGCAGCACCACCAAGCUGCCUGCUGGAGUUCUGCAGGUUGUAGUGGAGCUCAUCAUCUCUGCCAAAGGACUCUUCUCUUUGCUCAACAGGUAUCAGUUUUUCCAGCUUAGCGGAUUUACCAGUGCCAAGAACAUAUUUGACUACUGCAGAGAGCUGGGAGACAUUGUCCACAAGCAGGACAUCACUGUCUAUGAUAAGGAGAAGGACAUCAUCUCUGUGUGCCGUCAGCUGGUGGCAGUGUGCGAUGAGAUCCUGAGCUCCAGCCCCGAGUCACUUCUCACCCACACCGCUCAGCUGGAGAGUGUGGACCUGGUGCCCGUCGCGCCCGGGGAUCAGCUGGUAAAGCCUUAUUUUGAAAUAGAGGGGAUUGAGAUAUCGUCCACCGGCUCCAGUAACCACUACGUGACCGGAACUGCAGCUGAGCCUUCGUCUGAUGUCUAUGUGAAGAUCUUGGCUGGCGAUGAAGUGAUUCAAGUCAAUGACCAGAUAGUGGUGGGCUGGAGCAGAGCGAACCUCGUGAAGAAGCUGCGGGAGAAUCCCAGCGGAGUGACUCUGGUCCUGAAGAAGAUCCCUGCAUCGGUGCGACGCAGACACCCGCUCCAGCUCUCCUCCUCACAGAAGGAGAAAGAGAAGAAAGAAGAGAGGUCAGAGGAGGAAGAGGAAGAGGAAGAGGAGGCGAAUCCCAGGCACUCCAUAUUUGAGAGGGUAGCAGCUUCCGUCAGGUCCCUGUCCUUCAGGAGAGCCGUUCACGGGCCAGAGGUACAGCAGCAGCCUAUGGGACAGGAGGAAUCGGAGUUGCCCUCUGACAAAGACCCGGAGGGGAGUCUGACGCUCACGUCAUAUCAGAACCAACAGGGGAGGCUCUCACCGCUGUCCGCCUCAGGGGAGUUAGCGAGUUUUGAGAGUUCGAGGCUCUCGCCAGGACUGAGACAAGAACGGUCGCCGUCGCCCAGAAGUCCGUCUCCCUUAAUAUUCGAGUCGUUCAGAAGUUCUUCACCUCAGGGAGUCAACCAGGAAACAGCUAGCAUAAGUUCCUGCCCUGAAAUGGUGGGUCACAUGGGGAAUAAAGACAGAGAGAAGAGCUCGACAAAAGGAAUGACGACGGCUCUAAGUCGGCGUCGCGUGUCCUGCCGCGAGCUUGUUCGCCCUGAUUGCGACGGCUGGCUGUGGAAGAAGAGGAAGGAGAGCAGCGUCUUCCUCACCCAGAAGUGGCAGCGCUUCUGGUUCGUCCUGAAGGGGCCUGCUCUUUAUUGGUACACCAGCCAACAGGACGAGAAGGCGGAGGGUUUCGUCAACAUCGCCAGCUACAACAUAGAGAGCGCCGGAGAGCACAAGAGAAAAUACGUGUUUCAAAUGCGUCACCAGCGGUUUCAGAACUUCUUCUUCGCUGCUGACAAUGUCAGUGACAUGAGCAAGUGGAUAAACUGUCUGAUCACAGCCAUACAGAGGCAUAAGAAGUUCCAGCAAGGCCCAGAUAAAGAAGAAGAAUGUUACAGCGAGACCGAAUCUGAAAGCGAGAGAUCACCUUCGCCCCGCAGACGAAACAAGGUCAGCACGAAAGUGCAGUCCCACACUCUACCUCGCCCAAAGGGGAAGACGUCAAGGGUGCCAUUAUCGAGUCCUUCAACAGGGGGCAGCAAAGGAACAGCAGGGCCGGAAGACGAGAUGAGCACGAUGCUGAACAGCAUAAAGGAAGGAGGGGUUUCUCUGAUAGGCCACGAGCAGCCGUUUACGCACGACCACUUCAGGAAGUCGUUCAUCCGACGCAACAAGAACCCCGUCAUCAACGAGAAAAUACACACACUGCGGGCCCUGCAGAGCACUCUGAAGGCCAAAGAGGCGGAGCUGCUGCAGAUCAACAAGAUCUUAGAGGACUCUGAUCUGACGGCCUCAAAGUACCGUCAGUGGAAGGAGCACCACGAGGAGCUGGUUCAAGAGAUCGACAGGGCGGCCGCGCUCAAGGCCUCCAAAGAAGGACUGGACGAGGCGUCAGCGCAGAACACGCCCGCUGAGGAGGUUGCCACGGAAACUGUCGCCAAGGAAACAGCCACCACAGAGACGGAGGGCGCGUACAGACUGAGCCUCAGCGACGGGGAGCAGCUAGUGGACGCGGAGCCGUCUGAUGUUCUCCUGGAGAUCGCGCAGGGUUCUCUGAGCGCCGAGUCGAGUCCGGUGUUAGAACUGUCCCUGGGCUCGCUGCAGGAGUCGAUAAACAAGCAGCUGAGUGAAAUGGCGGAGAGCGGAGAAGUUUCGGAGGGCUACUUCUACAUUUGAGGCCACGUCACCGCAGCAUGGCAGCAGUGUUUGAGAGACGUUCAUUUGAAAGAAUUAGCUAGUCUUGCCAUCAAAUCAGCACUUUAAUCGAGUGAAAGACCUGACUUGCAAAUUCAAAACCCAGUAACAUAAUAAUACCACAACGAGUUUACAACAGAGACAAGAACAAUUUGCCAAGUGUCAGCCUGAGAUCAGUGUGUAUUUAUGAGGAUUCUGAGGCUGUCUUGUUCUUCUGAUGAUCAAAAGUAGAACUUUUCUUAGAAUUCAGUGUAAUAUAAGUCAUGCCUCUUCUAAUGUGAUAUGUAAAUACAGUUUCACUAUAAAUACUGUAUGUAUUUGUUAAUGGACGUUACCUUAAUAGAGGUAUACAUGUGAGAUAUUUUGCACAUAAUUUGUCAGAAACACUGUUGUUGAUUUUGUUUUGUUUUUAGCCUUCUGGCCCCCUGUGGAGAACAUGGACUUGUUAGUACAGUAGAGCUGUGUGACAGGGUUCUGCUUCAGUGUUCCUUUAUUGUCCAAGUCUGGCACGGACGCAGCGAGACAAGAGACGACUCCCUCAAAGCGCUGUGAUGUCGGCCCUGCUCCUUUUUUCACUGUAUUAUUGAUCAGUUUUAAUAAAAAAGGGAGCGUGGUGAUCUCUGAAA